GGUCAGUAUUAACAUACUGUAUUCAGCAGAUCGUGUGGCAGGUUGUCCGGCAGGGCGCUUACCGAGUGAGCAAGAAAAAGCGGGCUGCUGGUGGCAGGGAGCAAAGGAAGGAAACGUGAGGAAUGGCUGAAAGCUGACUGUGUUUUUCUACAGGAAACAAAUCAGGAGAGGGAAACGAUAGCUAAAAUAAGUCACCAAGUGUUUCCCAUUUCGGUUGGAGAAUUGUAUUGAGUCUUCUUAUUUUGUCCACGCACGGAUCCGCCUGGUUUUCUGAUUUAAUGGGACAACGAAAACGGAAAAAGCAAAAGGUGCCAAUUUUGUCGUCUGUGUGGAUGGUUGCUACUUAUUUUUAUGGGACCAACACUCCACACGGGAUGAAUAGGAACAGGAGGACACUUAGUGCAAGGUAAACCGCAUUGUUUGAGUAAAGAAAAUGUCCCAGAUUUGACAGGGGUAGUUAAGGAUAUAUGUUUGGUGGGACUGAUGCAUUAACAUGUUAUAUCCUUGAAGUGGUCGACUACCUAUCAACAAGAAUACGCAUUCAAGCUUCUUGGACAAGCCAUCACAACAGAGCAGUCACACGAAAAGUGGCCUACAUGUCCUUAUAAGAGAAACACGUAAAGCCAUUUUGCUCAGUCUGAACAGAAGAAGAACAUGCGCGUGUUUGUCAUCUGGAUAUUUUUGCGGUUGUUUUCACUACGGAAUGGUGCGGCUGGUCAAGGACAAUCCACUCCGGCUAUUUGUUCGUCCUCAUGCAGCUGCGACGAGGACGGAGGCGCCGAUUGCUCUGGGAAAGGUCUGACCACAGUCCCGACUGGUCUAAGCGCCUUCACCUACUAUCUUGACAUCAGCAUGAACAACAUCACAGAGCUCCCGGCAUUUGUCUUCAAGAACUUCCCCUAUCUAGAAGAACUACGACUGGCAGGAAAUGACCUCUCAUUCAUCCACCCUGACGCUCUGUCUGGACUACAUCAGCUCAAAGUCCUGAUGUUGCAGAAUAACCAGCUGAAGACUGUUCCAAGUACAGCUAUAAAGAACCUCUACUCUCUACAGUCUCUACGUCUGGAUGCCAACCACAUCACGACGGUGCCUGAGGAUAGCUUUGAGGGCCUGCAGCAGCUCCGCCACCUCUGGCUGGAUGACAACAGCCUGACUGAGGUCCCAGUGGGCCCCAUGAGACACCAGGCUAACCUGCAGGCUCUCACCCUGGCACUCAACCGCAUCACCCACAUCCCCGACAAUGCCUUUGCCAACCUCUCCAGUCUGGUGGUGCUGCAUCUGCAUAAUAACAGAAUUAAGGAGAUUGGGGAGAGCUGCUUCACAGGGCUAGAGAACCUAGAGACGCUGGAUCUUAACUUCAACAACCUGAUGACCUUCCCAGAAGCAAUCCAGUCACUGCCCAAACUGAAGGAGCUUGGAUUUCACAGCAACGACAUAGCAGCCAUACCUGAGGGAGCCUUCCACAAGAACCCUUUGCUCCGCACCAUCCACCUGUAUGACAACCCCCUGUCCUUUGUGGGAACGUCAGCCUUCCAGAACCUGUCUGACCUGCACUCCCUGAUGCUACGUGGAGCCAGUAUGAUGCAGGAGUUUCCCUGUCUCAUUGGGACUAACAACCUGGAGAGUCUCACUUUGACAGGCACAAAGAUUGCCGCAAUACCGGUUGAGCUCUGUGAGGAUCUCAAGGUGCUGCGGACUCUAGACCUGUCCUACAAUGAGAUUGAGGAGCUGCCUUCCUUCCAGGGCUGUCUAAAGCUGCAGGAAAUAAGCCUGCAGCACAACCACAUCCAGCAAAUCGACAGGGACACAUUCCAGGGUCUGUCUGCCCUGCGCUUGCUGGACCUGAGUAGAAAUGAAAUGAAAACCAUCCACAGAGAUGCUUUCCUCUAUUUGACGGUGCUAACAAACCUAGACCUGAGUUUAAACUCGCUGACCAGCAUUCCAACAACUGGACUGAGUUCCCUGAACCAACUGAAACUCACAGGAAACCUGCAGAUGAAAAAUGUAUUUACUGCAAAGAGCCUCCCCAAACUCAGGUCAGUAUCAGUUCCCUAUGCUUACCAGUGCUGUGCAUUUGUGGGAUGUGAUUCUUCAACAUCUUCCACUGAUGAGGAGAACAUCAAGAAGGGUACAGGUGGAGAAGAUGUGGAGAGGAUAUCGAUGGUAAUGCACUGCUCUCCCUCUCCAGGAGCCUUCAAGCCCUGUGAGCACCUCCUGGGCAGCUGGAUGAUCCGUCUGACUGUGUGGUUCAUCUGCCUGGUGGCCUUGAUCUUCAACACUCUGGUGCUGGCAGCCACCUUCUCCCGCCGGGCCUUGGCCCUCUCCCCUGCCAGGCUGCUGGUUGGCCUCCUGGCCCUCACCAACCUGCUCACUGGGGUCUAUGUGGGGGUGCUCACUGUCCUGGAUGCUGCCACCUGGGGCUCCUUCGCUGAGUUUGGGGUCUGGUGGGAGACGGGGGUGGGCUGCCGGGCAACAGGGGCCCUGGCGGUGUUCUCAUCAGAGUGGGCGGUGCUGCUGUUGCCUCUGGCGUCUGUGGAGCGCAGUGUGGCGGUGAGGGGGCUCCUGGGGAAGGCCAUCUCACCCAGGAGGAGCAGCAAUAGGGGGGUCGGGGACCGACGCUUCGCCCUGGCGGCUGCUCUCCUGGGACUCCUGGCGGCUGCAGCCGCCUGUCUGCCCCUCUUCAGUACCAGCGACCCUUCAGCCUCCCCUCUCUGUUUACCCUUCUCUGGCGGUGAGGGCCCUGCACUGGGGGUCACUGUGGCCCUGGUGCUGCUCAACGCUCUGGCCUACCUGUUCACAGCAGCAGUGUACACCCAGCUGUACUGUGGCUUGGGCAGGGUAGAGCUGGCAGACCAGGAGCAGGCAGGGGCCGUACGCCAUGUGGCAUGGCUCAUAUUCACCAACUGCAUCUUCUUCUGCCCUGUGGCAGCCUUCUCCUUUGCCCCUCUACUGGCUAGGUCUGGCACCGUGGGGGGCCCUGAGAUCGCCAAGUCUAUCACGCUCAUCUUCUUCCCCCUACCGGCAUGCCUUAACCCCGUGCUCUACGUUUUCUUCAGCCCCGCCUUCCGGGAGGACUGGCUGCGGCUGCGGGGCCAUGGAGCUGUGGCCCGGGGGGUGAAGGCUGGGCAGUGUGCAGGGGGCUCUGGGGUUGUGGAUGUGGACGGGGACUCCUCCACACAGCUGGGCUAUGACUGUGGGGUGUACUCCCAGCUCUGUGGGGAAACAGGCGUGUGUGAGCGCUGCGAGGCGGCUCUACACGCCAGGACCUCUUCCUCCUCAUCAUCAGUCUGCAGACACUUGGUGAAGUCCCACAGCUGCCCUACCCUCUCGACUGGUGCGGCAGCGGGCCAGCGUACGGAGGGCUACUGGGCAGACAGCGGCACUCUCUCUGCCCAGUCAGAGUACGCUGACGAGGGGGACUCGUUUGUGUCUGACAGUUCCGACCAGGUGCAGGCCUGUGGACGAGCCUGCUUCUGCCAGAGCCGAGGGCUCCCUCUGGUCCACUACACAUACAACAUACCUCGCAUCAAAGACUGAGAAGCUCUUCAGCUGUGUGUGUGUGUGUGUGUGUGUGUGUGUGUGUGUGUGUGUGUGUGUGUGUGUGUGUGUGUGUGUGUGUGUGUGUGUGUGUGUGUGUGUGUGUGUGUGUGUGUGUGUGUGUGUGUGUGUGUGUGUGUGUGUGUGUUGGACACUAUAACAAAAAGAAAAGGUUUGUGAUACUCAACAAAUUAUGUGCAUGUGGGUCCCUGCACACAAAUCAUUCAGGGAGCACUUCUUUAAUCACUGUGUGAAACAGACUCAACUGUCACAAAAAGGGAAUCUGGCAUUAAAUUAGACUUCUCUGAGUCUUUUGGCCAACACUUGUUUUGCCCAUCAAGAUUUACAACUGAUUCCUGUGUGUGAUAACACCAAACUGGCUGUCAAAAAUGUAACAUGUAAAAUGUAAUGUUCCACCAGUGCCUGCUUCUUGGUUUAGAGCAAAUUCGCCUGCUUCUUGGUUUAGAGCAAACUCAUUAUCAAGAUGUUACAAGCCUGAAUUCAUCUGUCACAUCUCUUGCUAAGGCAAGGAUCUAUGUGCCAUCCUUUUGUAGGUUCUACCUGUAGCUAGCUAUACGUUUUAUUUUAUUGUCAUUCCCUGGUCUGUCGACUUUAAAGCCUUGCCAUAAUCGCUAUUAAUUUGUAUAUGUAGCAAAUGUAAUCAUAAUCCUCAUUCUAGGGUUGUUUUUCAUAUGAGAAUGUAAAGUAACUGAAAGGAGAAUUGUAUGGCAGCGGCUUUAAAUUAAGGGGUACUGACAAUGUGUUAAAUAGAAUCUGAAAGCUGCAUUUUCAGCCCUCCCAAUGUGAGCCAACUGAAUCUCCAGUCUGAAUCUGUUCAUGUAACUUCACAUGCCCUGUAUUCAUUCCUCAAGAGUACAAGACAAUGACUUAAAUGUUUAUUAUCUUUGACAAUAAGUGUCAACAAUUCUUCCUCGCUAUGAGUGAUAAAGUCUUGGAUGUCACGUGGGAAUGGAAGAGGGCACUGUUUUAACAACAGUCUUCCCAGUUGUUGUGGAGACUUUUAUGACUUUUAUGUUUUGUCUCUUGGACUGAAAAUCAUUUUGUUGAACUGUGCUUUACCCCCAGGAUCGUUCUAAUUUAUUGCUUAAAGAGGAGCAGAAUGUCUGGGCCAUGGACAAGGUUAUUUCAGGUGUCAGGAAGUUGGCUUUGAAAGGUGAAUGCAGCAUGUACCAAGUGCAAGCUAAGCCUCUGGCGCUGAAUGUUGAUGCCACACAAAGGCCUUCAUUUCUGUAUUGUUCUCUGAGACAGAUUGCGUUGUAGUAAAAUAUAUAUAUAUAUAUAUAUAUAUAUAUAUAUAUAUUUUUUUUUAUGGACAUCAUUGGUGCUCACAACCCAUUCAUUUUGAUCAGGAUGCAUACAAUCCUACAGCUCAGCAGUGUAGCCAGUGUAAUGGAUAUCAUGGUAUAUAUUAUAAUAUAAUAACAACAUAUAAUGUAGAUAAUGUUUCACUAUGAAACAUUUUAUUGGAUCACGUGUGACUGUAGGGGAAUAUCUGUUUGAUUUGAGCGUGACUUUGCGUAUGGGGCCUGCACCACACCCUAGGAGCUUGUAUCCACAUGUGUAAUUCAUGCGAGCGCUCAGGAAAUUAGGCAAUGUAGGGAUGCCUUGACUCCCCUCAACAUUUUGUUAAUGUGUCCACAUUAUGAAGCUCAUUGGCUUUUGAAAUUAUAUCACAAAGUUUCUUAUUUUUGUAUGGAUUUGUCAAUGUUUUGACUGAGUGUAAUUUUAACACCAACCAACUGUCCAGAUUGUAUUGGAGAUGUUAGAAGCCCUUAUGUGCAAAUUCCAAAUUGGUGUGUAUUGCUGUCUGUUUAUCCAUAUGUAAAUUAUUUUUGAUAGAAAAAACAAUAAUCAAGAAUGGGAUGCAUUGUCUAACCACGGAAGCUACCUCUUCAACUUUAGUGGCUACCAGCAGUGCUUUGUAAGGUGUGUGUUCUUAUGCUAUUGAUAUUUUGUUAUUUUGGUUUGAACUGUAGGCUUUGUUUGUAAAUACAUCUGGUUGUACAGCAUCACUGAAUUUAAGUCACGACUUUAGUUGAUGCCAAUUGUGGGAGGAAUGUACAGUAUGUACUGUAUACUGGGAUUUUUGUAAACCAAAAUAUAUAAAACCAGUUGCUUAAAAAAGACUGUUUUACGUACAAGA